AUGUCUGCUGUAGACUACUUCCUGGCAUGUCCGCCUAUUGCUCGGACUAUUGCGGCGGGUGCGUUCGUGAUGUCUGCUGCGGUGCAUACGGGAUUAUUGCCAUAUCGAUAUAUCAUCUUCUAUCCUCCGUUUCUGAUGAAGUGGCCGCCGUAUCUGUGGUCGCCGGUAACGUGCUUCCUCUUGACGGGAGAUGGGCUUUCGGUGUUGUUUGAUACGUAUUUGUUGUAUACACAUUGUGCAAAGCUUGAAAGAGCGUCGCCGAAAUUUACUCAACCGGGAGAUUUCUUCACAUAUGUUAUCUUCGUUAUGGUAACAUCACUGGGGCUUGGCUACCUUUUGACAGGCACAAGCGUUUACACUUCCGCGCUUAUAAUUGCGUUCCUCUACACGUCGAGCCAGGAUGAUCGAGGACAGAUGGCGACGUAUUACGUUGUCACUGUACCAGCACAGUGGAUGCCUUAUCUCGUGCUCCUUGUAACAUGGUUGAUGGCCGGCAAGAACGCGCUCAUCAUCGGCCUAUGCGGCCUCUUUGCAGCACAUCUCCAUGAUUUCUUAACACGACUCUGGCCCGAAUUCGGCGGUGGAAGUAAUCUCCUGCCUACGCCGGGUUUUAUAAGGAGGAUGUGGGAGACGAGGACAGCCUCGGUGCAACAUAAGGGUUACGGUACCUCGUUUACUCCAGCGCAGCGCCAGGAGCCCGAAGGUUCUGGGAAUGCUUCGGGGUCUGGGCCGUUGCCUGAUUCGUGGAAGAGUCGGGGGUCGGGACACAGAUUGGGUUGA